AUGUCAUUUAUUUUAAAAUCUGCAAAUGUCCUCGGAUUUCUUGCAUUAGUAGCUAUUGUAGUCAUUCUAGAACUUAAAGAUUUAAAUUAUUUUCAAAACAGCAAUAGUCAAAAUAUAACAAGUGUCGAUACUCAAAGCGCGUCUAACGCUACAGGCACUUAUCUUACACCUACAGAUUAUGCUUUUGGAAUUUGGUUUUUGGUUCUUCCGUUGCUUCUUUGUUUUGUAAUCUGCCAAUGGUUUUCAUGGGCUGAAGACUCAGUAACUGAUGGAGUUUCAUAUUUUUUCUUUUUUCAAGCUGCUUUGGAUGUUGUCUUACUGAUUUUAUGGGUUGUUGAUUAUUAUAUGAGACCUGAUAAUAUUUUUGCUUUUACUAUGAUUUGGAUAUUAAUAUGUAUCGCCGUUCGUCAAGCUGAAAUUACUCCAGUGUUUAUAGUUGCAUUGGCAGGAAUUGGAUUAAUCGGUGGUGGGAUUUUUAGGAAUUGGGUAACUUUUGUAAUUGAAUGGUAUGCUGCCUACAAUUUCGUUGAACUAGGUGGCGAUGAUAAUUAUGGAUCAAGAAAUUAUAGACUAGAAGAAUCUUAUGGACUUAGUGGCCAUCAUGCUCCAGAAAUUUUUGAUAAUAAUGUAGCUAAAUCUUUCUAA